CUGGAGUCUUCUCAGGAUGUUGCAGCUCUCAGGAUCAAAGGCAGCUGGUUCAGCAGGUUGCCUUCAACUGCUGGUUCAGCAAGGAUUCAGAAUCAGCUGGAUCGUUCAGCUGUACCGGCAAUGGACACUGGUUCAGCAGGUUGCCUUCAACUGCUGGUUCAGCAAGGAUUCAGAAUCACAGCUGGACCGUUCAGCUGUACCGGCAAUGGACAGUUAGCUGGACUUUUAAUGGGCUGUUCAGCGGGUAUAACUGGACUGUUUCUUCAGCUGGAUUUUUUCACUUGCGAGCAGCUGGAUUCUAUUGCUCUCAGGUGCAUUUCGGUUUACAAGGACUCUAUUUCAGCUGGACAGCCCAUCAAAUUGUGUCUGAAGUGCACUGUUCACAUGACUGUGCUGCAAGAGCCUUUCACUUGCAUGUCUCUUUCAAUCAGUUGGACUCUCCUCACCAGCAUUUUACUUUGCAAAGACUCUAUCAUCAAAGUCAGCUGGACUUCUGUGGAUAUGCUUCGGAUUUCUUCUUUUUCUGGACUCUUAUCUGCUUCAGUUCUGCCUCCAUUGGACUCUGCUGGACUCUUUACUGAGAUGGUCUCUUUUGCUUUACCAGCAGGUUAUUUCAUUUUGUUGGACUCUUCCGGGGUUAUCAUUAGCUUAUCUGGUUUUUAA